CCGACCGGCGUGCGUUCUUGAGAGGGUGAAACGAAGAGUUGCUUGAUAAAGGGUAGAACGCGCUCAGAAUGCUGACGACGAACAGCCCCUAUGGUUGCCGUGAAUGUCACCCCUUUGUACCUGGCAGUGUGACGAGUAUUGCGACCAACGGUAACCCGAGUACGACACGUCCAAAAUUCUCUCCAAGAAUCACCACUAAAUUGAAAACAUCACCUGGUAUAAGUAGUUACACGGAUCCGGCUUGCGUCGCGCGUAUGAAGCGCUUGAAGAACAGGAAAACAAAUGCCUCUUCAAAGUUAGAUCUAAGCAAAAGGAAACCGGCGGAUUAUAUGGAGCUGGCAUAUAGGGACGCUAUUUCGAAACUAAAGUAUUUGUUAGCUGAGUCGUACGCUCCAACGGGAAUGUCCGCAAUAAAGCAACGAAGUGUUCGGAACAUAUACAAAAGCAGUAAUCCCCGAAUUAGUGAAUCUGGAGAAGAUACAGAUGAUCAAAGUAUGAUUAGCGAUAAUUUUCGAAGGAAGGAUCUCUCCAAAAACGCAAUUUUAAAUACCUUUCCUCUGUCGAAAACUCUUCAAUCGUCAAAGGCAUACAGUAAUAUAGCAUUGUCGAGAGCCGAUCUUCAAUCUAUUCCUCCGGAGUUAACAUCUUUCAUCGAAAGACAGGAGGAUUAUAUCGAACAAUUGGAACGAGAGUCUCAAUAUUGUAGAGAUGAAUUGAUCAAUCUGUUGAGUAAAGUUCGUGAGGUCGUAGCUGAAAAUGAAGCAUUGCAUAGCAGGAAUCAAGUUGCAUUAUCCAAGUGCGUUCUACAGGAUCAUAAAGAUCACUGUGGAGCGAACCACGAGUGUCACAAGCAAGAAACGAGCGGUCAUGUUGAUAACACGUUAGAAUGCAAACGCGAGAAAUCCUUAGAAGGACCCAGUAUAAUAUUUGAGUCGAGAAUUAGUGAGCUGGAGGCGCAAUUAACCCAAGCCAAAUUGGAGUUACGAAAGGCGCAGGAGGAGAAUCAGGCGAAUUUGAAGCGUUUGUUCGAGAGUGGUUCAAGCGAGAACAAUGCUGAAUUAAAGGCCGAACUGGACAAAGCUCUACGCGCCAAGUACGAGGCUGAAAUAAAGUUAGAGGAAUUGCAGAAGCUGCUGUCGGUCGCGCGGGAUAAAGAGACCGAAGCGACACAUAGAGCGAAACGGUCUAUGGAUGAUAGGCAUGAGAUCGAGUUUGAGAGGAAUCAGAGCGAGAUGGAGAUUCGAAGAUUAAAAGAUGAGCUGGAGAGGCAGCAUGAAAAGCUACGGGAGGCAGCCCAAGACGCAAAUAGACGUAUAACUGAGGAGAGGCAACAAGUGGAACGUCGAUACAAUCAGCAAAUCGAGCAACUUACCGCCGAUAUUGCAACCCAUUGGGAGACCACCAACAAAUCGCAAUUAGAGUCUGAGAAACAGCGGCGAGAGAUAAACGAACUGAGAAGAGAAUUAUCUCAGAAACAAAACGCUAUGGAUAAUCUGAAGAAAGAGCUGCAAAAUAAAAUAUCAACUUUGCAGAGUGAUUUGAACCAAGCGUUAAGCGAAAAAGAUGCGGCGGAACAAGAGGUCUUGACCGGUAAACUAGCGGCUGAACGAAACGAUAGGCAGGCUCGUCAAGAGCAGAGCAGAUUGCAGGCAGAAAUAAAUUCGUACAAGCAGCGUCUGGAAAGAGCGGAUGCUGAUUUGGUACAUUGUAGACGAGAAAAUCUACGACUGUCGGAACAAAUUGCAUCUUUGGAAAAGGAGAUUAGUAUGAGUAAAAUUGUACGAUCUGAAGAGAAUCGUAGCGAAGUUACGCCUAGAUUGGAAAACGAGAAGGAAUUAACGUCCAUGAUAAUGAAUAUGGAGACUAAACAUGCUGCCACGGUGGCGGGCCUAGAAGACGCUCUGAGUAAUCAGGCCAAGCUCGUCUCGAGAUUGACCACUGAAUGCCAAUCUCUCACACAGCGUUUGGAAGCUAACAAUCUUAAACACAAGGAAGAAAUGGCCGACUUACAAAGCAACAUAGAAAACUUGUCAAGUAAAAUACAAGGCAGCCUUGUAAGUCACGCAGGAGAAAUUACUAUGGAAACUAACGAUGGUACUGGAGCUUUUCAUUAUAACGCUACGAUGGAUUCACUAGUCUCGCCACAUACAAAUGGAUCGGGUGCUCAAGCGCAAAUGAUGCAUCAAGGAUAUGACACCGCGAGCGGUCAAAAAGUAGUGGGCGAGGAAUCAGAAAUAUAUUCUGACGCGCCGAAGAGAAAUGAUCAGAUGCAAGGCAACUUUGCAUCGAAUAUGGAAACCGCAGAGAUGUAUCAGCAGCAAGGAAACGCACAAAAUAACGAAGAGUAUCCAGUGAAUGAUUCAAAUAUGGAAACUUACAUGAUGGAGCAUGAUCAAAAUCAAUACGAAUACGAUCCUUCACAAUAUCCAGAAGAACAGUAUGUUAAUGACAACCAGUUUAACAUGAUGGCAGACCAGACGGAAAACAAUCAAUCUUCGACGUAGUCAGAAUCACUAAAACUGCACUAACGUACUCUGUAUUAAUGGCAUACGCACAUAUAUAUAAAU